AUGGCCGUCCAUACAAGGUGCAAUGUACGGCCAGAUAUUCUUCCAACAGAAUUCGCCUCGUUUGCAUCGUCUCUCGAUGUCCGGCAGUGUGCAGUGACGGCCGAUGCUGCCGGACGGUACCAUAUGGCUUUUGCUGACGAUUUGACGUCCCCAGCCGUGUUGUCGGUCAAAGCUGCAUGGUGUGCGGGACGUGUUCGCCAUGUCAGCUGGGCGGCUGCAUUAAUCCUUUAUGAUUUUGCCUUGCGGCACAUCGCUGGCAGUGGGGGUCCGUGGUGCUUCGACAGUUCUAGCUGGAGCAGACUCGCGAAGAUGUCGGCACAUGAUGUGUUUACUGCACAUGCUGAUGUGUUGCAAAAGGUGUUGUUGCGCUGGCACAGGACAGAUUUCGCUGUGGGCAGCAUUGCGUGUUCUACAAGACAGAGUUUCAGACUGAGUAGUUUCAAUCAGAAUCAAAUCGACUCUGAUGUUAGAGCGUGGAAUCGAGAAGUGCUGAAUGCAGGUCGCCCAUUCUGGCAUGGGCAACACUUCGUUCGCAUGGGCUUGUUUCCCAAAGUGAGUUGCUUGGUGCCAGUGGUUUGGCCGGCGCAAAAAGCAUUCCUCGACGCAAUCUCAGAAACAUAUGGCUCGGAUUGCGACGUCUUGCGUUUCUUCGUUUCAAGCACGCAGACAUUAGACGUGCCGGCGACCAUGCGUCAUUCAUUGAUAAAUCUGCAUGCGUGGUAUCCCGAUGUGCCGCCUGACGAUGAAACAUUCCAUCGACAGACCGGUCACACCCCCCAGCACGACAACUUCAACACCAUCGUCAAGCUGUUGCACAUGCUACGGUGGGAAGCCGAGCACGGCGAAGAGCACAGCGACCUCAAGGAUGAGCAGUGGGAGCAGUGGUGGUACUGCCGAUUGGAACGCGACACCUUCUUCAUCCCAGAAAACUUUCGCUAUUUUGUCGUGUCGGAACGUCUGGAUGCUUCGGAGCCCCACUACCUGGGAACCAGGCAGUUCAAUGAUGUCCCGCGAUUCGGAUUUGUCUACAACGAUGGAGGUCCUGGAGUUUGUUUGUCCCGCCGGGCAUUGAGUGACUUGUCGAGCCUGCUAGUGGAUGCACCGUUUAUAAAUGGACGUCCUACGUUUCAGGAUUGCGUUUUUGCUGUUGGCCAUCGUGAGGACCUGAUGCUAGCUGCAUGCUUGCGACAGGUUGGAGUGUUGCCAAGCGCACUAACGACUGACGUGUUUGGAAGAGAAUGGUUCAGUAUACGUCCGAUGCUCGGUCUUCCCAUGCAUCAGCCGGUGCUGAAACACUUGCUUCCUGGCAAUGAAAGUGGCAAUGAAGCUUGGAACUUCUGGAUGGGCCGAGGCCACUUGUAUUUGCCAUGCUUUGAGCAUAUUCGCAUGUGGGUAGUUGAGAUGCCAGUGUCAUUCAAUUCCUUCAAGAAUGUCUCCAUGUUUACAGAGGCGAAAUCGAUUCUUGAACUGGACCCGCAAGCGAGGCAGAAGCGCUUGGGGUAUGCAUUGCAUCUCAGCGGCCUCAGAAGGCAUCAGGAUUCCUUGACCUCGUACCCAUCGCCAGCGUAG